AUGCCAACGACCACAUCCGCCUCUGAUAAAUCUAGACAGACUUCGGCGGGCAAAUCGUUUUUUGGAAGGAAGCUGCAUAAGGAAAGAGCUGGUGACGAUCGGUAUGAUGCGCACGGAAGCUGGGAGAGUCUCGCCCCUCCUGGAAGUGCUGCUGGUUCCCGUUCGUCGCGACACUCGAAACGCUCCUCCAUCCAGUCUGUAGACUUCCCCAACGAUAUAGACCCCGCGGGGCUUUCCAUGACCGCUGGUGUCAUCACUGCUAUACCUUUCGACAGUCUCUCAACCGAGAACAAAUCGCCCAUCCCGAUCGAUUAUCUUUCAAAGCCUGACACCUCCCCUCGAAAGGAUCCGUCACCAGGCCUCCUAUCGAAAAGUGCGGACUAUCACCAAUACCCAUCGUUGAAUUCAUCCAAUAUGCGCGAUAAUCCACAAUAUUCACAUCCUACGGGGCCCCGGCCUCCACCACACGCUUCGAAUAUGGCAAUGAGCUCAAGUGCUACGGGGGAUAGGGGUCCGCGAUAUCAGCAAUGGGGGAGACCGGGGAGCGCGGCCGCCAAUACUGGAUUCAGUCACCAUUCGUCCUCGACCGCGGAUUCUUCAUCCAAUUCUCGCAUGUCUAUUGACCAAGCCAGCGUUCAUUCGUCCCCCUCGUCAAAUACACGUGGUUCAAGCUACUUUCCCUCGGAUAAUUCAGCGCGUACACUGACGACUUCGCAAUCUGCCGAUCGGAGUACCUUUCUCCCCAGUGCAAAUUCGACUGCUCCACCUGCCAGGGUCACGCAGAAUCCGGAGCAGUACCUGACGAGGCCCAGAGAUGACCGGGUCGUGGAUCAGUUGUUCCUGGAAUUAAUGCAGAAGCGAGGUUGGCAAAAUCUCCCUGAGCAAGCCAGACGACAAAUGAUGGCCUACCCGGCAGCGAAGAAAUGGACGCUGAAACGAAGACAAAAUGCCCGCCAAACGCAUGGAUAUGACGCCGACGAGGAAGGUAGCCCGGAGUGGUAUGUCAAAAAAGUCAUGGACGAUUCUAUUACUUCCAAACAACUGGCGAGUUUGACUUUUGUCGAGGCGCAAGGCCAGAUCGCGCUCACGAAUGUCCUUGCGAAGAUCAAUCGCAAGAAGGUCUCGGACAAGGAUUUGGACCCCUUGAUGAACAACAAGUAUGGCGCGGAUGAUGCUUUAGACCAUCAGCAGAUCAUUGUGGCCCUACUCGUUAGCGAGGUUCUUACCUUCCUCUGCCAUUGGGCUGAAGGACAUGGCCACCAGAAGGUCCUCCAAGCUAUGGACCAUGUGAAGAACCAGCAUGGCGAAACUGGCCGCUUUGAUGCCUGGAUGCGCAUCGUUGAGGUGACCAUCGAUGGGCGUGGCAAGAUGGGCAAGUAUCGCAGUGGUGGGAUUGGGAUGGAGAACCUCCUCAUGGAAUAUGCUGUUUCUACCAUGAUCCUGAUCAACAUGUUGCUCCGCUGUCAUAUCCGAGCGCAGUUUACUUCUUGCUUCCAAUAUGAGGUUAUCGAUAAGCAGAUCGAGACCUUCCGAGAGAAUGAAGCCAUUGACUAUGAAGAUCUCCUACAGCGGGAGGGCAGUAGUAUGAAGGACAGUAUCGAGGGUGAGGUGAAGGACAUGAGCGACCCGAUGCAAAUCACGGACGCCAUUACGACCAGGAUCCAAGGAACCCGAGCCCAUGACUAUUUCCUCUCUGCUCUACAACAUCUUCUUUUGAUCCGCGAAAACUCAGGCGAAGAUGGUCUUCGAAUCUAUGUUGCUAUGGAUCGAAGACUACCUGAUCUCGACCUCCGACAAGGAUUGACCUUUACCGUACAGAGUUUGUUAGACAGACUUCAUACAGACGCCGAAGCAAGGCAGGCAUACGAUGAAUCCCUCGAAGCCCGACAGAUUGCAGAGGCUGCACUCGCUGAACGCGCGGAAGGCUUGGUCAAGAAGCUCCAGAAGCAGAUCGACGAACAGACCAGUAUCAUCGAGCUUCAGACUAGACAAAACGACAUGGUCAAGGCAGAACUCGUUGACGUUCAGAGGCUUCGUGCUCAAGAAUUGCAGCGGAACGAGCUUGAGACCAGAGAGCUUUAUCUUAUGCUUCGAGAUGCCCAAGAUAUUGCCGCUUCGAAUGCCAAGAAGACCAAUCUACCGGAAGCCGAGAUUGAUCCCGCGCAGAUGCGGGGAAUUCUAGACCGGGAAAGAUUGCUACAUAGAUUGGAGAAGCAGCUAGAGAGAACAAAGACUCAGUUCAAGUUGGAGGGCAAGGUCUGGGGUCAGCACGGUCCUUCAGAUCGGCUGCGUGAACUUCGGGAGCAGAUGGAUGGUGAUGCUGCCCGUCGCAAUCUUAGCAUCAAUCCUAGAACCUAUAUGCAGGGCAUGGAGGACAUGGACGACACCGUUACGGAGGAGCAAGGACUGAUUCAAGGAAACGAAAGCAGCGAACUUAUCUAUGAAAAAGCGCGCCUUGCAACAGGCCUCAUCGGUGAAAUCGCCGCUAAAGUCCCCAAGAUUGAUGCCGAAGAUGGGACGGAAACUCUCAAGCCAGCUGAGUCUAAAGGACUUGAAGGAGAUGAUGCUACCUCCAAGGCCGAGGAACCAGCCGUUGAUGCGAAGAAAGCUGGGGAUUCAGCUGGUGGGCCCCCUCCGCCUCCUCCACCACCACCACCACCACCUCCUCCUCCUCCUCCUCCAGGGGCUGGCGCGGGACUUCCUCCUCCUCCUCCACCACCACCACCGCCGCCUCCUCCGCCCCCAGGACUUGCCGCUGGAGCUCCACCUCCGCCUCCGCCACCCCCUCCUCCUCCACCUCCAGGGGCUGGGGCGAGACUUCCUCCUCCGCCUCCGCCACCUCCUCCUCCCGGUGGAUUCGGUGGAAUGCCUCCCCCGCCGCCUCCUCCCCCGCCCCCAGGUGGUGCACUUGGCGCCCCUCCCCCGCCGCCUCCUCCUGGCACAGUAAUUGGAGGAUGGAGAGCAAACUACUUGGCUUCUCAAAACGGUCCAUCUCAUGCUAUGAGUCUUAUGCCCUCUAUUAGACCUAAGAAGAAGCUCAAGGCACUGCAUUGGGACAAGGUCGAUACUCCGCAGGUCACGGUGUGGGCGUCUCACGCACCCACUCCCCAGGAAAAAGAAGAAAAAUAUACGGAGUUGGCCAAGAAGGGUGUACUGGAUGAGGUUGAAAGGCUUUUCAUGGCCAAGGAAACAAAGAUUUUUGGAGCCGGUACAGGCGCCAAGCAACGCAAAGACAAGAAACAGAUUAUUUCCAAUGACCUGUCGAAGAACUUCCAGAUUGCUCUGUCCAAGUUUUCUCAGUUCCCUGCAGAAGACGUCGUCCGGAGAAUCAUUCAUUGUGACCCAGAAAUCCUGGAUAAUCAGGUGGUCAUGGACUUCUUGCAACGGGAUGAGCUGUGCACGAUUCCAGAAAAUGUCUCCAAACUGAUGGCGACGUAUAGCAAGGAUUGGACCGGCCCUGAUGCUGCCAGCUCAGAGCGGGAACAGGAUCCAGGUGAACUGACUCGCGAAGAUCAGAUCUAUCUUUUCACCGCUUUCGAACUCAACCACUACUGGAAGGCAAGAAUGCGUGCUCUUGCGUUAACACGCACUUUUGAACCGGACUAUGAACAUCUCUCCGCCAAGCUGCAAGAUGUCGUGAGAGUGAGCGAGUCUUUGAGAGACUCGGUUGCUUUGAUGAAUGUUCUUGGCCUGAUCUUGGAUAUUGGUAAUUUCAUGAACGAUGCCAAUAAGCAAGCGCAAGGAUUUAAGCUGAGCUCCCUCGCCCGUCUUGGUAUGGUCAAGGAUGACAAAAACGAGACCACAUUCGCGGAUCUUGUCGAACGUAUUGUCCGAAACCAGUACCCUGAAUGGGAGGGCUUUGUGGACGAAAUUAAUGGAGUCAUUGGUCUCCAGAAACUCAACGUUGAUCAACUCCGAACCGAUGCGAAGAAGUAUAUUGACAACAUUAAGAAUGUACAGGCAAGUUUGGACGCAGGCAAUCUUAGUGACUCGAAGAAGUUCCACCCCCAGGACCGUGUCAGCCAGAUAACUCAACGUAGCAUGAAAGAUGCUAGACGCAAGGCUGAGCAGAUGCAGCUCUAUCUGGAUGAGAUGGUGAAGUCUUAUGAUGAUAUCAUGGUAUUCUAUGGUGAAGAUAAUACCGACGAUGGAGCGCGACGAGACUUCUUCGCGAAGUUGGCUGCAUUCUUGCAAGAGUGGAAGGUAAGCAAAAGGCUUUUUUUUUUUUUGUCGGAGAUUCUGUCAAAAUCCAAGGAGAAGAACGUAACAUUGGAAGAGACCAGAAAACGCACCGAUGCGUCAUUGGCCCGUAAGCGUAUUAACGCUGGUCUCGCCAAUGGCACGGGCGCAGGCGGUGAUGUUCCUGCCUCACCUGUAACUAGCGGAGCCAUGGAUUCGCUUCUGGAGAAGCUACGUGCCGCUGCCCCUCAAGCGAGGGAUCAGCGGGACCGUCGUCGCCGUGCGAGAUUGAAGGAGCGGCAUCAGGUUCGCAUUGCCUCGGGACAGAUGCCAGAUCUAGCAAGCACCGACAGCCCAGCGGACGGCACUGACGGCGAGAAUGCGUCACAGUCUGCUCGGUUGAUCUUCGACGGGGAUUCCACCAUAUAUGCGCUUUCCACGGCCCCAGGUAGGGCUGCAAUUGCGGUGGUGCGGGUGUCUGGGCCCUCGUGUGUCUCGGUGUACCAAGCACUGUGCCCCAAAUCCCCACUCCCUCGGCCUCGCGUUGCCGCCGUACGCACCCUUUACGAUCCAUCAUCAUCAUCAUCAUCCGCAGAGCCCUCCGGCGCUUCCUCCGUUCUAGAUGCCGGCGCUUUGGUCCUAUAUUUCCCGGGGCCCAAGACAGUCACGGGAGAGGAUGUCCUGGAGUUCCAUCUGCAUGGUGGGCCUGCAAUUGUUAGAUCGGUCCUCGCUGCUAUUGCAAGCGUAGGCAAGGACGAUGGCCGUGUCAUUCGCUACGCGGAACCGGGGGAAUUCACCCGGCGAGCGUUCAUGAACAACAGGCUUGACCUUCCGCAGAUCGAAGCGCUAGGGGAUACCCUAGUUGCGGACACAGAGCAGCAGCGUCGACUUGCAGUGCGGGGCGCGAGCGAUGCGCUAUCGAACCGCUACGAACGGUGGCGGCAGCAGCUACUCUAUGCGCGCGGGGAAAUGGAGGCCCUGAUUGAUUUCUCGGAGGACCAGCACUUUGACGAGUCCUCGGAUGAGUUGGUUCUGUCUGUGGCGGGCCAGGUGCGUGCGCUGCGCGGCCAGAUUGCGCUUCAUAUCCAGAAUGCCUCCAAGGGUGAGUUAAUGCGCCAUGGGAUUAAGGUUGCGCUGCUCGGCGCGCCUAAUGCGGGGAAGAGUUCUCUGCUGAAUCGGGUUGUGGGUCGGGAAGCGGCUAUCGUUAGCACGGAAGAAGGGACCACCCGGGAUAUCGUGGACGUCGGGAUUGAUUUGGAUGGGUGGUACUGCAAGUUGGGGGAUAUGGCGGGGAUCCGGUCCGCGUCCGCGUCCGCGUCUGCGGCUGGGGAUGAUGGUGGGGUCUCGGUGGUGAUGAUUGGCGCCGUGGAGCAGGAGGGAAUCCGACGAGCCCGAGCCCGCGCGUUGGAGUCCGAUGUCGUGGUGGUGGUGAUUUCGGUCGAGGAUGGGGCUGGAGGUGAUGGACCGCGGUACCGACUUGCCGUGGAGCCGGACGUGGUUGACGCCGCCAACGAGUGCGUCCAUGCAGGCAAGAAUGUGAUCGUUGCAAUCAACAAAUGUGACCGGCUCCCGUCACCACAGGACUGCAGCGAAUGGCCCGGCCAAGCCCCGCGCGAUCUUGCAUCGGCAGUCCGCCAGCUCUUGCCCGAGGUGCCGAUGCGGCGCAUCUUUGGCAUCUCCUGCCUGGACCUCGACGACCACGCCGGAUCUCGCCGUCCCGCGCAGGACUCGUGGUCGGUUUUCCUCAGGGGCCUCAUCACAACGUUCGAAGAAAUGGCCACCCCGGCCGGACUAGAAGGAGACGCAAACGGACAAUACGACCGAUCCUAUUGGGAAGACUCUCUCGGAGUCACACAUCGACAAAGCACUAAUUUACAAAGAUGCCUGGAAAGUCUGGACGAUUUCCUAGCCCAAACCACCGCCGCCUCUUCUCCCAGAACGCCACGAACCUCUACCCCUUCCGCCACGAACGCCAUCGAAUCCGAAGUGGACAUCGUAACCGCCGCAGAACAUCUGCGCUUCGCUGCGGACACACUCGCCGCGAUCACAGGCAAGGGCGAGAGCGGAGACGUCGAGGAUGUUCUGGGCGUGGUCUUUGAAAAGUUUUGCGUGGGGAAGUGAUGUUUUCUCUUCCUGGACCUUGUUCUGGAGAUCACAUUGUGUGUGUGUUUCUCUUCUUCGCUCUGGAGAGGAAACGUCCGGUCGAGAAUUAUACCCUCCUCGACCCAUAGUGAUGCUGAAGCUCCCGGCUGUACUAUUUCACGGAUAUUAGAUAAUGUACAAUAUGUAACAAUAGCAAGAGAGCUUGACGAUGCCUCAGAAGGUAUCCCUGUAGAUAUAUUAUGUAUCUUUCUAGAUAUAGAUAUAGAUAUAGAUAUAGAUAGAUCGAGUAGACCAGACCAAAUAAAGCAGUAAG